AACAAAACCAUGUCUUUCACUAGAAACAACCUUUUUACAUUUUUCACCUUGUUCUUCUUCUUCUUCUUCGUCAAUGUUGAUCACUCACUUCAAUCAAACACAUUCAGCAUCAGCAACAUCAAUCCUUUGUCUCCUCAAGCUUCUCUUCGCCGGCACUGGUCCCGUCUCUUCCCGUCCAUUACUAUCCCUGGUUUCUUACUCUCCAAAUCAUCGCCGUUAAACGCCAGCCAAGUUGCCGUCUUCUCCAACUACCUUCACUCCGGCAACCUCCACUCUCACUUCCCCUCCUUCUGCUCCGCAGCCAACCUCUUCUGUGACUUCUCUAACUCUCCUCUCUUUAAUCAUCAUCAUCUUCAUGCCAACACUGAAUUCAAGAACUACAAGAACAUGGAGUUCAAGAAGUACCAGAAGGAGUGCUUAUUAAGUGGUCAAUCAUUCAAGAACUAUUCUUCAGGGGAAAACGUUGGCCAUGAUUUCUUUUCCAAUUAUGGUCAAGAGAACACUGGAAGUAGAGAAGAGUUCACUGGUUAUGCAGGGAAAACAAAUGUAGGUGGUUCUGGAUUCACAAAUUAUGCAACUGAUAGCAAUGGUGAGGCUUCUGAUUUCAAGCUCUACGGAGGCCAAAGCAACCUCCAAGGUCAUCAGUUCAAGAACUACGGCUCCGACAGCAGUGCCGGUGUUCAAAGUUUCACUUCCUACUCCGAAGACUCCAAUGUCGUCAAGCAUGGAUUCAAGGCUUACGGUUCGAAAGCGAAUGCGAUCUUGAAUCAGUUCUCUUCAUACUCAACUCAAUCCAAUAUGGCGAAGAACGAGUUCAAGUUGUAUAACGAGGCCGGCAACGGAGCGAUAGACCUGUUCAAGGGUUACGCCGGAGCGACGAAUGUCGGUAAGAAUGAAUUCCAAGCAUAUGAUGUUGUAGCUAAUGGAGGGGUGGAGCAGUUCAUGGGCUAUGGAGGAGAUGGAGCAAAUGUGCCAAAGAAUGUCUUCAAAUCAUAUGGAAAAGGGACAAACACACCGGUUGAGAUCUUCACAAACUAUGGGAAUUCUUCAGGCCCUUCAACCACUAAAUUUGUUGAGUAUGGCAAAGAUGCCAUUGGAGUAGCUUCGACGAAAUUCUCGACGUAUCUCGGCAAUGAAACUAGUUCAUCAUUCAAAGAUUACUUCAAUUCAGUAACAAGUUUCAAUGGUUACAACAAUACUAGCAGUACUUCUUCUGUGGAGCCAGGGAAGUUCUUUAGAAGAAGAGAUAUAACUGAAGGGAAGGUGAUAGUGAUGCCGGAUAUUAGAGAUAAGAUGCCGAAGAGAUCGUUCUUGCCACGAGCAUUGGCGAAGCUAUUGCCGAUGAGGUCUGGUGUGUUUAUGAGUAAAAUGCCGGAAGCGAAAACUGUGAUCGACAGGACAAUUUGGGAGUGUGAGAGAGCAGGAGCUAAAGGAGAGACUAAGAGAUGUGUUAGCACUAUUGAGGAGAUGUCGGAGUUUGCAUCGGAGAUGAUCGGAAAGAGAGCAAGAGUGAGGACAACGGAGAGCACGGUGGGGUCAGGGAUGGAGGUGGAGGUGAGGAAAGUGAAGGGAGGGGAGGAAGUAAAGGUGGUAUCAUGCCAUCAGAGUAUGUUUCCAUAUUUGGUGUAUUACUGCCAUGCAGUGCCUAGGGUUGAAGGGUAUGAAGUGGAGGUGAAGGUGGUGGGGAUGAAGGAGGAGAUGGUGAAUGUUGGAGUGGUGGUUUGCCACGUGGACACUAGUGAGUGGAGUGAAGGGCAUGAAGCGUUCAUGGCGUUAGGGUUUGGUCCCGGGAAGAUUGAGGUUUGUCAUUGGAUCUAUGAGAAUGAUCUUGCUUGGUUUCCAUGGUGAUUCAUUUUUGUUUUUUUUUCCUUUGUUUUGUGUUUAAUGUGAUGGGAUGAGAGUUUUGUACUCUGAUUUUUAAUUUUUAUUUUAAUGAAUUAUGAAAAAAAAAAUUUGUGGUUUUUUUGUGUUUA